AUGGAUAGUGAAUGUGAUAGCUUGUCUACAUUUUUUGAAGAAUCCGACUUUGGUACUGAAACAAACUUGGUCAGUGUGGCUUCACCGGAAAAUAUCUUCAGUAUCCUCGAGGCUUUGGAGGGUGUGUCGGAGUCUUUCCCAUUGACACCAUUAGAGGAACCUAAUUUGUGUUCAAAAGGUGUAGUGGUGGCGCCGACGACGGUGGAAAGAAGACUAGUUUCUCAACAGUCCACGUCUUCAAGUGCGCCACAAGAUUCCAAGGCUGAGCUUGAAGCUUCUCCAAAGUGCAAGAGACAGCAGCACACUGCAAGUGCAGCUUUGGAGGAAGCAAAUCAAGAUGGUCAGCAGAGGACUUCUCACAUAACCGUGGAACGGAACCGGAGGAAGCAGAUGAGCGAGAAUUUAUUGGCCCUCCGCUCGCUAAUGCCUUCUUUUUAUGUCAAACGAGGCGAUCAAGCAUCUAUUAUCGGAGGAGUUGUUGAUUACAUCAACGAGUUGCAGCAGGUGUUGCAAUCGCUUGAGACCAAGAAGCAAAGAAAACUUUACAGUGAAGUUCUUAGUCCAAGGUUUGUUUCAAGUCCAAGACCUCCACCACUUAGCCCAAGAAAGCCACCACUAAGCCCCAGACUGAGCUUACCCAUAAGUCCAAGAACCCCACAACCAAGUAGCCCUUACAAGCCUAGGUUUCAGCAAGUUUAUGUCUCUCCAACCAUGAAUGCUUCACAUGAAUCAUCGCCUCCUUCUUCCACUCCCUCUAUUGACAUUGUAAACGACCUCGUGACAAACUCAAAAUCUGCUAUCGCUGAUGUGGAGGUGAGAUUUUCAGGCCCAAAUGUCCUUUUGAAGACAACUUCUCCGCGCAUACCUGGCCAGGCUGCGAAGAUAAUAUCUGCUCUUGACGACCUCUCACUCGAAAUUCUCCAAGUGAACAUCACCACCAUGAACGAGACCAUGGUUCUAUCUUUCACCAUCAAGAUAGGAAUUGAAUGCCAACUUAGUGCGGAGGAACUCGCUCACCAAAUCCAGCAAACAUUCUGCUAA